CAGGAACAAAAAAUCUGGGGAAGGAGGCUUCCAGUACUAUAUUUGGAGUUCAACGUCUCUUGGGUUUCAACUGGUAAGGUGUUUUCAAUUGUUGCUUUGAGUAAAUUUGAGAUUUUGAUUGUGUUUGGGGGAGCUUAGGAAUUAAGAUCAUGGGAAAGUUGGAUAACUCUAGAUAUAGAAUUCUUGUUGUUCUUGUUGUUCUGGCGGUGGUUAGUUGGGGCUGAGAUUGAAAUGGGGUUGCCUUAGAUCCAGGAAACCUAAGUUUGUAUGUGCAAAAAAAGUUCGCCUUUUUCGAGUCUGCCUGUGAUUAUUUGGUGUUGUUUUCCCUUUUUCCUAGGUUAAUCUUAUGAAUCCUUUUCGCCUUUCUCUUCUUGGGUUAAGAGUAGCUGCACUUUCUAUUUCAGACUCGUGUAAUUAAGACUAUGGAUAAGGUUUGGUUGUUACUAUAAAGUUGGAGAAUUUGAUAAGAUGAAGGAUAUUGAGAAAUUCAAUUUACCUGUCAUGUCUUCUGAUUCGUUCUCAAAAAGGGUUGAUCUGGUGUCCUUCUGCAGAUCUGAUUAACCCAUCCUCUGUCCUCUUUUGUUUAAUUCAUUCCCCUCUUAAAAUUUUGACCUUGGUGGUUUAGCUUGUGCUUCAUAUACUAUUCUUUGUAAAAAGACUGAAAGUUGUCUGGUAUUUAACACAAUGGAAAAGGUGUUUUGUACCAACUAUGCGGAUGCUCGUUUGUAAUUGAAAGGAGAUGAGAAACAUGUAAACUGGUGGAUAAGCUAGAGGGAUUUGAAUGGUAACUGUUAGUUGCUUAGAGUGAGGGUUGUUGAUGGAAGACAUGUCUUCAGCUGCCGUUUCACUGACACUUAGUUUAGGUAAUUCUGUGUGUGAGAAUUCCGGAAUGGCAACACAUGUAGAAAUUACACGGAUGAAGCUCGUAACAGAUGCAGCAAGCUUGUUGUCUGAUACUGCUAAGGUCAUGUCUUCAGACUGUCCUGGGUCUGGUGACACUAAGGGUGAUGCUCAUAUGGUGACUGUGUCGGCAUCUGCCCAGUGUGGUGGUGCAGCUGAUUUGUUUAAGCUGUCACCUGAGGAUGGAAACAGAUUGACCGCUGCUGGUGAUGCCAUGACCCAUGAGAGUGAGGAGGAUGAAAUUCUGUCUGUUGUGGAAGACAGUAAUGGAAUUAUCAAUGAGGGAUUGCUCGUUUUGAAUGCUGGGUCAGAAAUAAGCCCGCCAAAUUCUGUGGAAAUUGAAAGUGGUCGAAUUCUUGCCAAGGCUAUUAUUUUGGGAGAGUCAAGCAUUGAGCAGGUGCCCACAGCUGAAGUAGUCCUCACUGCAGUGAAUUCAGAUGCAAAGAUUCCUGAUGGGCGUGAGUUAAAGGCCUCUGAGGUGGUUAUUAAGCUGCCUAGUGAAAAGAAUCUCACUAAAGGUAGCCGAAGUGUUUUUGAGUUGGACUGUAUACCCUUAUGGGGUUCUGUGUCAAUUUGUGGGAAAAGACGUGAAAUGGAAGAUGCUAUUGCUGCUGAACCCCGAUAUAUGAAAAUUCCUAUCAAGAUGCUCAUUGGUGAUCGUGUUAUUGAUGGAAUGAGUCAGAGUCUGACCCACCUGACUGGUCACUUCUUUGGUGUUUAUGAUGGCCAUGGCGGCUCUCAGGUUGCUAACUAUUGUCGUGAUCGUAUUCAUGUGGCUUUGGCUGAAGAGAUUGGAAACAUUACAGGUGAUUUAUAUGAUGGUAUUAAUGUGGAAAAUCGGCAGGUGCAGUGGGAGAAGACCUUCACUAGUUGCUUUCUGAAGGUUGAUGAUGAGAUUGGAGGAAAAGUUAGCAGAGGCAAGAUUGGAGGAAGUGCUGAUGCUUCUGAUUCUGGUUUUGACCCUAUUGCCCCUGAAACUGUUGGAUCAACUGCUGUGGUGGCCUUGGUCUGUUCAUCACACAUUAUAGUUGCAAACUGCGGUGAUUCUAGAGCAGUCUUGUGUCGGGGAAAAGAAUCCAUGACACUAUCUGUCGACCAUAAACCAGGUAGAGAAGAUGAGUAUGCAAGAAUUGAGGCAUCAGGAGGCAAGGUUAUACAGUGGAAUGGACACCGCGUGUUUGGUGUUCUUGCAAUGUCAAGAUCUAUUGGUAGUUUUAGUUCAUUUUUGGCCUGAAUUCAAUUACAAAUUGUCAUUGAGCGGUUCCAUAAAACAUAUGAAAUUUUGUUUGGACAAGUUGAAACAAACGACCAUUUAUUGCAUUGAUCUCUGUUGCCUGGCAUUUCCUUUUUCUGAUAGCUUGUUUAAUAUCUGACCUUGUUUGAUGAUUCCUUUAGUGGAGUUUAACCUAUGAUACCUAGUUUUUCACUGACUUCCCCUCAAUACCAUCUUGCAGGUGACAGAUACUUGAAGCCAUGGAUUAUUCCAGAACCAGAAGUGAUGUUUGUUCCUCGAGCCAGAGAAGAUGACUGUAUGAUAUUGGCCAGUGAUGGGUUGUGGGAUGUGAUGACAAAUGAGGAAGCCUGUGAAGUGGCUCGAAAGCGGAUCUUGCUGUGGCACAAAAGGCAUGGGGUUCCAUCACUGGCAGAAAGAGGCAAAGGCGUUGACCAUGCAGCACAAGAUGCAGCUGAUUACCUUUCAAAGCUUGCUCUUCAAAAGGGCAGCGAGGACAACAUCUCCGUCAUUGUGGUUGAUUUGAAAGCUCAGAGGAAAUUCAAGAGCAAAUCUUAAUUUAAUCUAUGACUAUAUACCUAGUACAUUAACAAAUACGUACCUAGCUGUUAGCUGCAGUCCAUGACUUUUUCUUAUGGGCUUAAUGUGUGUACAAGAAUACAAGAAAUGAGUAUGUACCAUAGAAACCGAAUCUGAUGUGAUGAAUGCAAUAUUUAUCGACUGUGUUUUUGUUAUUGAAUGGUUCAUCUGAUAUGAUAACAAUUAACAACAUUUAUUGCC